ACCAGCAGAGUUCGACUUGCCACCUACAGGGCAACAUGUGGAGGGAACACCUACCUGCCUGCACCCUGUAUCUACUGUGUGUAGUCUGCACAGCUGAAGACCGUCACCGGAGCGAUGGGGAAACUAGCUCUCUCAUGUACUUGGAGAACCUUAUCUCUAAGUACACCUCCGGCACUGCUCUCUCCAGGGGUGGGUUCUUGGCCAUGUAUGCUAGUCUCCAAGUAAAGGACCUGGCGCCAGAUCAUGUCGAACAUGGCCACGAUGAAGCGCAAUGGUGCCAACAGAUGUUUCUUAACUCCUCAUGCACUGACAAGUGUGGCACUGGCGAAGAUGUAUUCACCACGUACGCAGUGGAUUCUCACCUGAACGCGUCGAUGCUGCUUGACGCACUUCCAGCAGUGGUCAUGUCCCUGGAGGCGGACCACUGCAGACACAUGGGAGUCCAUGGUUUGGGGGAAUCCAGACAUCGUAAGAAGCCAUCGCGAAAGGAAGUUUGGGCAUAUGGGGUUGGCUUUGUGGUCCUCAUCUGCUUCGUUUCCAACCUGGGUGCCUGCCUAGCUCCACUGAUGAACUCAUCCUUCUUCAAAAAGUUGCUCAUGUUCCUGGUGUCUACAGCAGUCGGCACGUUAGCCGCAACAGGGCUACUAGUCCUCAUCCCAGAGGCUCUUGAUCUGAUGUCUAUAGAAGAGACGGCUGAUGACUAUAUCUGGAAAACAUCUACAGUGUUAGGCGGUCUUUUCUUCUUUUACAUGUCUGAGCGGUUGUUAAAAGUUGCAUUCCAAAGAUCUGGAAAAAAAGAGAAUGUUGCUGCUAGUGAAGUGGUGGUGGAGGAGGGUGACCUAGGGACUGAGCUGACUACACUGCAACCUGCUGCUAAUGGAACAAGCGACAUUGAAGACAAGCAAUUACCACCACUCCCAAGUAAUCAACCAGGUCCGAUCAAGAAAGAUAAGAAGCAAGUUCAGACAGUGGCAUGGAUAAUGUUACUUGGAGAUGGAAUUCACAAGGCUGUAGAUGGACUGGCCAUUGGUGCUGCCUACUCUAAAAACAUUAAAACCGGACUUAGUCUUUCCAUUGCCAUACUCUGUGAGGAGCUACCCCACGAACUGGGCGACAUCGCCAUCCUCUUGCAUUCGGGAAUGUCGAUGAAGAAAGCCCUGUUUUACAACACACUGUCAGCUGCUUGUGGAAUUCUUGGUCUUGUUGGUGGCAUUUCCCUUGGAGAAAACCCGGCAGCAAACCAAUGGAUAUUUGCUAUUGCAGGUGGAAUAUUUCUCUAUGUACCACUUGUAGACAUGCUUCCCGAGAUGAGUGAGGCAGCAGACAAGGCAAUCAAGAAUGGAGCGAGCGCGUUCGGUAUCACACUGAUUCAACUUCUUGGUUUGUGCACGGGAUUUGGCAUUAUUCUAAUAGUUGCCCUAUAUGCUGGUGACAUACAGGUGUAGAUGGACAAGACACACAUACGAUGGAAUAUUCAAAAACACAUAUAAUGACUACUAUCUAGGACAAUUACUUACAUAGAAUUUAACAUUGGUUAGUGUGUAUUUGUUCAGUGAUGGUCCAGUCAGUUAUAUGUUUAUAGGUUUAUUGUGAUAUGA